AUGCCCAUUAAACUCAAAUGGCCAUGGCUUGGGAUCGCCAUACCGAGCUUUUUGAUAAGCUACAUCGGUUACACAUCUCACUACUUCAUCUUAUCCAAUUUUGCCAGUCAACGACAGCAAUUGACCUUUCAGUUCUCGCUGUCCAUGGUGUGGGUAUCCUACAUUUUGGCCAUUUACGUGAACCCCGGAAAUCCGCCCAAGGGUUUUUCUCCAAACAAGCAGCAAUGGACUCAUUUCUGCAAGAUAUGCAACAAUUACAAGCCAGAGAGAAGCCAUCAUUGUAAAACUUGUGGGAAAUGCAUUUUGAUGAUGGAUCAUCAUUGUCCCUGGACGAUGAACUGUGUGGGGUACCGAAAUUUCCCGCAUUUCAUCAAAUUUCUGGUUUGGAUCAUCGUUACCGCGCUCUUCCUGGAAUAUCUGUUGAUAAAACGCGUAGUCAGUCACUGGCAGGCGAGAAAUGAGCGUAUCUUCGUUCACCCAGCGGAGUUGUGGUUUUUGGUUGUAAACCUACUGUUGAACUCCUUUAUAUGCUUGAGCAUAAGCUUGUUGCUCGCUAGAUGCGCCAACAACCAGCUAUUAGACGGUAUGACACAAAUUGAGAAAUGGGAAAUGGAGCGCAUAGAAAACCUGUUUUACCGAAAGCGUUUGUUGCCGCAGCUGAUUGACAACUUGAAAAUAAUCUUUGGGGAACAAUCCUCAACAGAAGCCUCUAACCAAAACUUACUGUCAAAAAAACGUCUGCGGCUAGAAGAAGUGGUCAAUUUCCCGUAUGACCUUGGGAUUUCCGCAAAUCUCAAAACUUGUAUGGGCCCGCUAAAAACCUGGAUACUUCCGUGGGCUAGUCCAAGUGGGUCGGGAUGCAUCUUCGAGGUAAAUGACCUGGCUCUUUAUGAACCUGAUGCUGCUCUCGAGGAUAAACUAAUGGCAUUACCUUGGCCCCCAGAUGGCGGCCGCCAGAUCUGUACUGGUACACCAAAGAGCAGCCCGGGUGUUCCAAUUCACACUAGUCGAGGCGAAACAGUCUUGAAAAAAAGAAUACCGGACGCUACACCAAGCUCAAGUGGAAAGUACUGGCAGAACGAAUGGGGUGAAUCAUUGGCUGAUUUUGGAGUUGACGUUGAUGCAGAGGCCUGA